ACAAAUUGCACGUUUUUAGCAAUUUACAAGAAUGAACCGUAUACACUAAAACAAAGUAAGAAACAGCGUACAAAAAUUAAAAUAAAAGAAAAAAAUAAAAUCAUCUUCACUCUCAAAUUCUUAGAACUACAAAAGCAUGCGGGUCAGAUCUGGUGAACUCGUGUAAUAAUGGCCAUGUACUGUGGCUGGAGUGAGGCUUAUGUGACAGAAGCCUUCUAAUUGUUUUUUCUCAAAUAAGAUUGUAUGUGGGCUGCCAUUUUACCCAAUGUCUUCAACAAAGUCCGAGUUCGCUAAUGAGGCAGUAUAUUCGUUGAGUAAUCUUGUCCAAGAUUGCAAGCCUUGUGAAUUUAAUUUGUCACAUCUGGACGUAUUAGCUGACACAAAGCAGUUGGGUCAAAAGUAUGGACAUGAGAAAUGUUUCUUUCAUAAACAAGUAAAUGUAUUGGAUGCAGAGAUCAGUUUAUGUGCUGGUUAUGCUGAUGGAAAUAUGAAGCUGGAUGUCGAGAACCAGCUUAUUGAGGAUUAUUGUUCAUCUUAUUCCAAAAGUGAUGCUGGUUUUUGUUCAGAUCAACCGCUGAAAAACUGCCUUUCGCAUGUCAAAAAUGAUCAGGAUCAUUGGAUGCAGAAACUGGAUCCUAUAAUUAAUGACAAUUUGCCCAAGACGCCAGUGAGCAAGAACACAGAAGAAUUCCAGCUUGAUUUGGAUUCACAUUGGAUUGGAUUUGAGAACGUUGAACCAUGGUGGCACAUGGCUGGUAAGGAUGAGGUAGCAUCGAUGGUUUCUCAGUGGUCAUUCCAACAUAUUAACAAUUCUGAUGUUCUGAAAACUCCAUCCAAGCAUUUUGGGAAGGGUGCAGCAAAUUGUGUAAAUUGUUUCAACCAAAUUAAGGAACAAAACCCAGAUGAAAUGACUAAGGAAUCUGAUGUGGCUGAAUACGCUGGUGGAAAUCUUGCUUCAACAAGUGCAGAUGAGUUGCUAGAACCCAAAGGGUCAGAUGGAACAUUCAGCAGUAAUGAUAGUUCUAGCGCUGCCAAAGUGGAUAAAUUGGAUACACAGGAACAAGCAAGUGCCGAUCUUAGCAGAGCUCAGCUAUUGGAGGCACUUUGUCAUUCUCAAACACGUGCAAGGGAUGCUGAGAGGUUGGCACAAGAAGCGUGUGAUGAGAAAGAGCAUAUUAUUGACCUUCUUUUCAGGCAGGCUUCUUACCUCUUUGCAUAUAGGCAGUGGCUCCAAAUUCUGCAACUAGAGACAGUAUGCCUUCAGCUUAGGAAGAAAAAUCUUCCCAACUCGACCAGCUUUCUACCACGGGUCAAAAGAAAAGGCAGGAUAUUGAGGACCCACAAACAGAGUUGUAACAUAAGCAAGUGUGCAGUCGCUUUUGCAGUAGGCCUGAGUCUUGCUGGUGCUGGUUUACUGGUUGGUUGGACCAUUGGGUGGCUUUUCUCUGUUCGCUAGACAACUGUAUGGUUAAUUACACAGGUGGUCACUAAAAUAUUGUUGAACUUUCAUGUCGGUCACUAAACUUCAGUUCAUUUCAAGUUGUUCACCAAGCUUGAAUUUUGUUACAAUUUGGUUACAGUAUCCAGUUCCUUAAGUUGAACUAACAGGAUAGGUGGUAGAUAGUCUAGUUAUCUGCUUAACGCCAACUUUUCUAUUAGUCAAGUCAAGUGACAUGAUACACGUUUAAGAUCAGUAAUGAACUUCAAGUUUAAGUUCAUCAAUCAUUAAAUAUCACCAAACUAUUAGCGUCCACUGUGUUUUUAACCAGACAGGUAUAUUUGGAUAUUUUAGCUUGCUUUCCACCAUGGUUAAUGUAAAUAUGGCCAGACGUGUUUGCAUAGAAAGGCAGAAGUGUGAAAGGACUUUGUGGUGUGGAGCAGUCGAGAUAGGAAGGUCUCUUGUUUUGUGCAUAUAUUGGGUGUGCUUAUAUGUAUUCAGUUGGUGCAGAUGAGUUUGGGAAAUUAUUCAAUGAUGUAAUUAUGGAUGUAUACAUGUAAGUUUGCAACAUAUCAUUAGAUAAUUGCAUGCAAUUGUGUAAAAAUGUGUGUGUUUUCAGUUUGUUGUUCCAUUUAAAAUAUUGGUUGGUGUUUGUUUGAUA